GCUGUCCUUUACCUAAAAGAUGAGGCCGAUCUAUGGUGGAAAGAGAAUGGAACUAGGCUAAGUGUUGUUGAAGGAUUUAAUUGGGACUCAUUUGUCGUUGCGUUGAGGGAAAAGUUUUAUCCUCCUUUCAUAACAAAACGAAAAGCGCAGGAAUUCAUAAACCUGGGGAUGGGGAGUAUGACCAUCGCUGAAUAUUAUAGCAAAUUUAUAGCGCUGUCGGAGUUUGCACCUGAGGUUGUAGCCACAGAAGAGAUAAAGGCUCAGAGGUUUGAGCAAGGGUUGACCGAUGAGAUCCAGUUAGGAUUAGGUGGAGAAACCUUUACAUCUUUAGAUAAUGUGUAUGAGAGAACCACUAAUAUUUAUGGUUUGCAGUCCUUAAGGGACGAGAAAAACGUUGUUGGGAAGAAAAGAAAAGUGUUAAAUGUCCGGGAAAACCAAGGGAAUUUCAAGAGGAAUAUGAAUGAGAAUAGGAAUGGAAACGGAAAUGGAAAUUAUCGAGGAGGAAACAGUCAGGGGCACAACAAUAGGAGGCAAUCCGUGAGAAGGUAUCACUGCAAGAGGUGCAACAAUAAUCACCCUGGUAAGAAUUGCAAAGGAGAAUUAGUGACCUGCAACUAUUGUCAGAAAAGGGGGCAUAGAGAGUUUGAGUGCUUCACUAAGCACAGGAAGGAACAAAAUAGUAAUGGAGGUGGGAACCAAGUGAGGUUUAACCAGUCUGGAGGCCAAAAUUCAAAGCCUGGAGGGGCACAAAACAAUCAAGAGAACUAUAAUAAACCUGCAAAUGAUAACAACAACCAGAAUAAGGCUCCAGGAAAACCGUUCAUGAUGGCUAGAAAUGAAGCUGAACAUUCUGCAGACGUAGUUCAUGGUGGAGAAUUCUCUUUAGGCGACUUUUAAAAGUGUUAAAGUGACGUAUCAGUUUGUUUACACAAGUCUCUAAGGAUCAAUAAGCGUUGCCCAUCUACAGGUUUGAAGAUGAUGCAUCAUUGGGAUCGGGAUUAGAGAGCUCGUAGUUAUAUUUGUUUUAUUAAGUGAUUUGGGUUGUUAACUUAUAUUUGAAAGUUGUCGUACUAUUCGUAUUUCCUUAUUUCCGUUAAUUGGUUUUGGACUUAGUAUGUAAUCGAUUAUUUAUGAACCUAAAAGUUAGUUUUAUGUUUUCCGCUGCAAAAUUCUGAAUAAGCCGUACGUUUUCACACGGG